AUGGCUUUAGCCUAUAAUAUGAAAAUUACUCCUUCGUCUGAAUCGAAACAACGAAUUUGGUCGACUACUGUUGAUCAACGAUGGAUUAGCAAUCUCGAAAAUGCGAAAUUUAUUGAUGGCCAUGAUUUAUUUACCUAUUUUCUACCUCGAUACAACGAUCGAAAUAAAAAGGCUUUAUUAGAUGAUUUAAUUCUGAACAAGAAAUAUAUUCCAUCUAAAAAACAAAUACUAAUCUCACGUUUCAUUCCAAGGUCAUUACCCGACUACUACACUUACGAAAAUCAUGUUGAUUCGACAAAAUCGUACGAAUUUCUUCCUGACGUGUUCGACUAUAAGCCAAUCGGUGGUUUGCAUACUAUCGAAUGGUAUAUGAACUUUGCUAAUCAUGACAUCUUUGCUUAUUACCAUAGUAGUUUACUCGCACAAGAUGAAUUACAAGUACUUGAAUGUCCUCAAUUAGCAUCUCUAAGAGAAUUUUUACUCAAGCAGAAUAGAUCAACGGAUAAUGGUGAUCAACCUUUCGAUCCUCAUGUUAUUGAAGGUAAUUCGCCUUAUCCAAUAUUGAUCGGUAAUGUUGAACGUGCAAUAGAAUUGAAUACAACAAAUUUAUACGGUCACAAAUUCUCUACUUCGUCGGAAUCUACCGUUUUGAGCUCAUAUACGUAUCUUGAUUCACGUCAGAUUAUUAAUUUGAUUGCUAUCGAAGCUCCCAAAUAUGGCUCUGGCUUCUAUACUCAUAAACAAAUUGAAUAUAUUCUUCAGGCGUGUUUCACUGCAUAUAGUGCAGCUAGAGCAUUGGCCAAUACCAUUUAUAAUUUAAAAACAGAUCAAUUACCAAGAACACCUUUGAAAACAUACGUUCAUACUGGCUGGUUCGGUUGCGGAGCUUAUGGCGGCGAUCGAACGAUCAUGAUUAUAUUACAAAUCUUAGCUGCUAAAAUGGCCGGCAUCGAUAAACUUAUAUUUCAUACCGUCACAAACGACUGUGAUCGAGAAAUAAAAAGUGCCAAAAGUUGUUUGGAAAAUCUAUUGCAUAGAGGUCAAAAUAAAGUGUCAAUGAAUGAGCUUAUCAAACGACUCAUUGACAAAGGAUUUCAAUGGGGCGCCAGUAAUGGAACAUAA